ACGACGGUGUGCUUGUCCAGUUUCCGACAGUGUGACUCGMAAAGCGUAACCGCUGUGAAUAAGCUGUUUUAGUUUCCUGUUUUACAUUCUAAAAACUAAUCUUUAGAUACUUUCAAACUAAUUAUCAACAAACAUAACUGUACCGAUAACCGAUAUAUUGCAAUUAUCAGUCGAAAUACGUGUUCAACCAGCUUCAGUUCUGAAGUUGCAACUCGAGGCCCCUGCGGAGUGUUAGCUCUAGCUGCACUGUAAAGUUUGUUGUUGUCACGUGACGUGAUACGAAUGUGGCGAUAAAGUUUUUGUUUCGUUAUUAAAACUACCAUACAUUUCAACAUUGGCUAUCUAUUGAAGUAACUAUUUUAACACAAUGCCUCAACCAAAAUACAGGAAGAUUGCUGUGAUUGGGUACAGAUCUGUAGGAAAGUCUUCUCUCACAAUACAGUUCGUGGAAGGACAGUUCGUAGAUUCAUAUGACCCUACCAUUGAAAACACCUUCAACAAAAUGGUGUCUGUCAACGGUCAAGACUUCAAUCUUCAGUUGGUCGAUACUGCGGGUCAGGACGAAUACUCUAUUUUCCCUCAGUCUCAUUCAAUGGACAUCCAUGGUUAUGUCUUGGUCUACGCAGUGACUUCCAUGAAAAGUUUUGAAGUUGUUCAGGUUCUUCAUGACAAGCUUCUAGAUAUGGUUGGGAAAAUACAGGUGCCAACUGUUCUUGUUGGGAACAAAAAAGAUCUCCACAUGGAAAGGGUGAUCAAGCCAGAAGAAGGGAAGAAGCUGGCCGACUCAUGGGGAGCAGCGUUCAUGGAGUCUUCUGCCAAGGAGAACGAGACCGCUGUAGAGUUAUUCAAGCGGAUCAUUCUGGAGAUGGAAAGGGCGGAUGGGAACGUUGCCUCAGAAGAUAAGAAGUGUGCUGUGAUGUAAGAGGGUCUAACCAGGACAGCAGUAAGCUCAUUGGCCGAAACCAGGAGACACAUCACCACCAGCCUGCCAAUCAUGACCUCCCCAGCACCAAGGAGCUGCAGUUGCAAUGUGGCCAUUUAUAAUUCAAUAGUGUUUUGCAAAGGCAGCCAAUCACACUCAAGGCUGACAAAGGAGAACUCUGAGAGGUGUCACACAAGGGUUUCACUGUCAGUUUUACUGAACUCUGUCAAGUUUGGUUGGCUUAAACCAAACCUCAUGGAAAAACAAAACAUAUGAAAAUGCCAAAUGUAAUGUAUGAGCCACAAGCUCAAACUUUACAGAAAAAAACGUCUCCCUGAUAAUCUGAUAAUUGCAAUCAACUAGCUAGCCAUGCAUCAACAGAUGGAGCAAUGACUGGCCAGUGUCCCCGACUCUCACUGGCUAGCUUCACCUUGUACACCUUGACUCCUUUUCUCAGGUCAUCUGUAUACUUCAAUGAAUACACCGGCCAUGGCAGAGAGCCACAGUUCACAUUGCUGUUGUAGCGACGUUGGAAAGUUGCUAUGAUUUACAACUGAUUAAUGUCUUACAGUAUCUUGGAAUGAGUUUUCUUUCACACAAUACGUGUGUUGCGGAAAUACAUUUCCUCUUGCAUUGGUCUUGGCUAACAUUGUUUCACUGUAAAAAUUUCAGCAAGUCAACUUCAGGUUACACUUCAUCCUUGAACUGUAAAUCAUGUCUUUUAGAAAACUUAACGAUUUUUAUUUUCUAGAAUACAUUUUGAUGUUCUUCAGCACUUCUGGUUGGCAGAUUGGUCCUCGCUCCCUUCCUCUCUAUGAUUUAUCUGUCAUCUGACUUUAAUAAUUGAGCUGUAAUUAUCCAGUGGAUGAGGCACCCUUGAAUGAAGUUUCAGAUUAGAAGAGUGGAAGGGAUCAGUUAUAUUUAAAAGUUGUGGCCUUUUGAUCCCAGAGAACUAGAAUCCUAUACACAGGUUCGAAAGUGUUUUUGGUUAUAUCCUGAGAUAAUACAAGUUUGUUUAUUCAGCAGAAUAUUUAAUAAAAUGUCUGCAUAUAAUUAUACUAUAAUUAAGAAUAUUAUGGACUUGCAGUUUUUGCAUUCACUGAUAAUUCCUUACCACUGUGGACUGCAAACCAGUUCAUGGGGACCACAGGAUCUGCUCGUUUAGUUUUUGGGUUUUGAUUCCAGAAGUGAUGUAGGCUUGGUCAAGCUAAAUAAGGACGCUGUAUGACCCAUUAUGACUUAUACAUUUAGUGUUGAGUCAGGGAAUAGCAGCGGACACAUAGUGCUCAACAUAACCUGAUUUGCGUGUCCACUUUAACCUUACAAACAGAAGAUCAAUUAGAAGCAAAUGGUUUUUACUGACAUUACUUUCAUUUAUCCACCCCCUAGUAUAUAUUAUUUGUUAUUUUUAUGUUUUUUUUGGGAUAGAGUGCUUCUCUUUGAGUAAGUAGUAGGUUGAUUGAUUGAUAGGUGAUUGAUGGUCAAAAAGAAGCUGGUGAUGCUGUGUCUUGUGCCUUACCUUACCCUUCAAUACCCCCUUUAUUCAACCCACCUGCUUCCCUACCUGACUCAAGGUGCUCUCUAGUUUUUUUUCUUUCUUCUGUUGCCUUGAUCCAAUGGGCAAAAACCAGGUGGUGUUGUGCACCUGAAUACCAAUAUCCCCACGGUCAAUGUUAACUCAGAAAUCUUGCUGUAAACAGUUUUGUAUAUAUAAAUAAAUCCUUUACUCCAUUAAAAGUCUGUCUUUUUA